AUGGACGAACAUAAGGAGCUUUUUAUUUGGAAAAAAGAACACGGACAAUACUUCGUCAGGGAACUUCUUGUCACAGAACAGUAUAUGUUCAAGCCAAAGUCAAUCGAAAGAGGAGAGGCUUGGAGAUGGUUAAUGGAAAACCUAAACAAGCUCGAGAAGCCAAAGUUUCGCGUUACAGUGAGGUUUGUGAGAGAUUGGUUUACAAAGAUGGUGGAAAAAUACAAAAAGCUCGAGAACGAGAAGGCCAGAGUGACGGGGAUAACAGGUGCAGAAUUUGACGAAGUUUACCAAGGGAUGGUCGACAUUUUCGACAGUAUGGACGAAGCGAAAAUAAACUGGGAUAAUGAAAGUGAUCUGGAAAAGGAAAAGCAGAACUUAGAAAAAUCAAAAGCAGAGCAUAUGAGGUAAAAGGCUACUGAAAGUCUGAGUGAAACUAGAAAGAGAAAAGAGGAGGAAGGCGAAGAAACGAUCAUGCCGAAGCGAAAAAAAACCUACUGAAACAUUUAGUCUUUGUCAGGAAGGCCUGAAGAUGAAGAAAGAAAACUUUAAAACAGAAAUUGAGUUGAGUGAAGCAGAACUUGAAGAUAGAAAAUUGGCUCGUCAGUCCCAG